AUGGAGGAGCCGUGCACGACAACUAUAGCUUCAGAACCACAUAUUGAUACUGGCGAACUACUGGAAGAAUUAGCCUCAGACUACAGCUGUGCUUUCAGAGUAGACUCUUCUUCUGAAAAACAUGCUCUCGAAGAAGGCAUCGAUGAUCUGUUAAACCGACUUGACGAGUUCACUGGGCUCUUGAAUAUGGUGAGAAGCGAUAAUACCCUCUGUUUGGCUCAAACUCUACCGGACAUUUAUGCGAAAAGCAAGGAAUUUGAAAAAGUUUUCAAGCGAAUUGAUGCACUGGAAAGCUUCGUUGGUGUCGUCCGAGAAAGCGUGGAUACCAUGGAAGAAAAAGUCAACGAAGUCGAGAACGCGUUGGGGGUAAAUAGUGUGAAGAAAUUCCUUUCCAGUCUGCCCACACCACUAUUUUCCAAGAGGUCUACUCAACAGUACAAGAAACAGCUACGAUACGAGGCUCCAGAAAUAUUUAAAUGUUCCGACUACUUAGCCACUGUCUCGGCUGAUGAUCCACUGCCCAUGAGCGUUUCAAACUUCUCCUUGGAUGACACAAUCAGCGAUCGUAGUGUCGACGAUGACCCAAUGUCUCCAACAGCAUAA